GGGUCCCGUGUGGCUGCCAGGUGGUGGUCGGGGGGGUUCAGAGGACUAAGACGCGCAAAGCGGAGCGGACGCUUCUUGAGGUUCUGUCGACUUCCGACGCGCGCGUCCAGGUGGUGCUCUUUCUAUCGACUGGCACGUGUAAACUCACCUGCGCCCGUACCUUCUCCCUUCUGCAUCAGGAUGACGUCACACACACGACGACCCGCUGCGCCCCCACUGUCACGUGUUCUUCUGGUCAGGGUUGUCAGGUGGUUCCUGGUGCUAGGCUUCUUCCUGGUCUCGCUGCACAUCCACCCUGCAGGGGGCCAAGUGUCCUCUCCCAGAAGGUUCCGUAGUAAGGUGGUGAGUCCCAGUGAGCUGCACGUGUCCUGGAAGGAACCCAGAGGUCCGUUUGAUGGCUACGCAGUGGUCUACAGCACGCAGCCAGGUGGAGAGGAGACAGAGGUGGACGUCCCCAAAAAGGACGCAGAGCUGCUCAUCAGCAACUUUGAGCCCGGCACCAAGUACACCUUUAAGAUCUUUGCCCUGAGGGGGGCGCUCAGGAGCAAACCUCUGCACGCCACACACCAAGCUCAGCGCCCGGGACCGCAGACGCCGCAGUCCCAAAGCGGAAAGGAUGGCGGCGCAGACGACACCAACGACAUCUCUGACGGCUUCAUGUGUCAAACAUCAGCCGCCGCCGACAUGGUGAUCUUGGUGGACGGGUCGUGGAGCAUCGGGCGCUCCAACUUCAGACUGGUCAGGACCUUCCUGGAGAAGCUGGUGGAGGCCUUCACGGUGGACUUUGACAAGACACGCAUCGGCUUGGCACAGUUCAGCGGUGAACCGAGGAUCGAGUGGCACCUCAACACUCACAUGACCAAAGCGGCUGUCCUCGACGCCGCCAGGAACCUGCCGUACAAAGGCGGAAACACCCUGACCGGUCUGGCGCUGACCUUCAUCCUGGAGAACAGUUUCAAGCUGGAAUCUGGAUCCAGAGCUAACGUUCCCAAGAUCGGCAUCCUGAUCACAGACGGCAAGUCCCAGGAUGACGUGGUUCCACCUGCACAGAGCCUGCGGGACGCUGGAAUAGAAGUGUUCGCCAUCGGGGUGAAGAAUGCAGACGAGGGCGAACUGAGGGCCAUCGCUUCGCCACCCGAGGACACUCACGUGUACAAUGUGGCCGACUUUAACGUGAUGAGUGACAUCGUGGACGUUCUCACCAGGAGCGUCUGUCAGAGGGUGGAGCACCUCCACCAGCAGCUCACAGUGGGAGGAGAUCCCAGCUCCCCGCCCGCCGCUGUGGCUCCUCCCCGUAACCUGGCGACCUCUGACAUCACAGCUCGAAGUUUCAAAGUGUCAUGGACGCCGGUGUCGGGCCAGGUGGAGCGCUACCGUGUGGUCUAUUAUCCUGCUCACGGCGGACAGCCUGAAGAGAAGGUGGUUCCUGGGACGGAAAGCACCGUGCUAUUGGACCACCUUAACUCUCUGACCGAGUAUCAGCUGGCCGUGUUUGCCGUGUACCGCAGUGCCGCCAGCGAGGCACUGAGAGGGAGUGCCACCACAUUGGCCCUGCCCACUGUGGACCACCUGGACCUCUCUGACCCCACCCACAGCACCAUGACUGUCCGCUGGAGGACCGCCCACGGUGCUUCUGGCUACAUGAUCCUCUAUGCCCCCCUCAGCCAUGGCGAGCCCGCUGAUGAGAAGGAGGUGAAGGUGGCGUCCUCGGUGAAAGAGGCGGAGCUUGAGGGCCUGACACCGGCCACAGAGUACACGGUGACGGUGUACGCCCUGCAUGGCGAGGAGGCCAGCGACCCCGUGACCAGCCAGCUUAGCACACUGCCGCUGACCCCGGCGAGGAACCUGCAAUUCUCAGAUGUGGACCACAGCUCCGCCAGGCUCAGCUGGGACUCCGCAUCCAGGAAGGUGGCGGGCUACCACGUCACGUACGCCAAGACCAAUGGCGUGGAAAGCAGCGAGGUGGAUGUGGGUGGUGUGACCACCUGGUUGCUAAGCAACCUCACCUCUCGGACCGAGUACACGGUGGGCGUGUUCGCCAUGUACGAGGAGGGCCAAGCGGAGCCCACGACCGCAAGCUUUGUCACAGACGACGUUCCACAACCGCUGCACGUGAGGAGCAACGAAGCCUCCGCAAGCAGCUUCCGGGUGUCAUGGCGGACCCCCGCCACCGACGUGGUGCUGUACAGACUCAGGUGGAUGCCCGGUGAUGGCGGCCACGAUGGCAGCGGCGGUGACGGUGGCGAGGUGCUGCUGAAUGCCAACACAAACACCUAUUUGCUCACUGGACUCCGCCCCUUUGCCCGCUACCAGGUGGUCCUGAGCGCCAUCUACAGAAAUGAGGCGGAGAGCGAGCAGGUUGUCCUCCUGGAAUCUACUGUGGAGACGACAACCACUGUUGCCAUGACAACCACCAGCGCUGCAGCUCCUCGCCAUGGUGUGAGAGGCUUGACCUUUGACCAGGAAACUACGUUUAGCAUGCGGGUGUCAUGGCACCAGGUUGACGCCCACAACGUCCAGCGUUAUCGGCUGAGCUACAUCAGCGCCAGGGGCGACCGGGCCGAGGAGACGAGGACGGUUCCGGCCACACAGAGCACUUUGGUCCUGCAGCCGCUGUUGUCCGACACCGAGUACAGAGUGGCGGUCACGGCCAUGUAUCCGGACGGAGACGGGCCCACAAUCGCAGGAGUAGGACGAACGCUGCCGCUCUCGCCUCCCAGGAACCUGCGGGUGUCUGAGGAAUGGUACAACCGCUUCCGGAUCAGCUGGGAUGUUCCACCGUCUCCCACCAUGGGAUUCCGGGUCGUGUACCAGCCGCUGUCGGCUCCCGGACCUGCCCUGGAGACCUUUGUGGGCGAGGACGUGAGCACCAUGAUGAUCGUCAACCUGCAGAGCGGGACCGAGUACGCCGUGAAGAUCCUGGCGUCCUACAGCACAGGGUCCAGCGAGGUGCUGUCGGGGCAGGCCAGGACACUGCGUCUGGCCGUCACCAACCUGAGUCUGUACCAAGUGAGGUCGACCGGCUUGUGCGUCCAGUGGCAGACACAGCGCCACGCCAACGCCUACAGGGUCCUCAUGGAGUCGCCAACCAGUGGUCACAUGGAGGAGGCCAAGUUGAGCGGAGGAACCAGUCGACACUGUUUCAGCAAGCUGAGGCCCGACACGUCGCACAAGAUCAGCGUGUUCGCACAACUGCAGGACGGGACAGAAGGCCCGGCGGUGUCGAGCACAGUGAGGACCCAACCUGUCCCCACCCUGGCACCGACAACACCCCCGACCACCACCCCGCUACCCACAAUCCCCCCUGCCAAGGAAGUCUGUAAGGCGGCGAAGGCUGACCUGGUGUUCUUGGUCGAUGGGUCUUGGAGUAUUGGUGACGACAACUUCUUGAAGAUCAUCGGUUUCUUGUUCAGUACCGCUGGAGCGCUGGACCAGAUCGGACCUGACGGCACACAGGUGGCCAUCGCUCAGUUCAGCGACGACGCGCGCACCGAAUUUGCACUGAACGCACACGUCGACAAAGAGCGUCUCCUGGACGCCAUUACCAGGAUCUCCUACAAGGGAGGAAACACCAAGACAGGUCGCGCCAUCCAGCACGUGAAGGGCAGCAUCUUCACGCCAGAGGGCGGAGUCAGGAGGGGAGUCCCCAAAGUUCUGGUGGUCCUUACAGACGGCCGAUCGCAGGAUGAUGUCAUCAAGGUCUCCAAGGAGAUGCAGAUGGAAGGCUUCAUCGUCUUCGCUAUCGGCUUUGCUGAUGCCGACUACGGCGAGCUGGUUAGCAUUGCCAGUAAACCCAGCGACAGACAUGUCUUCUUCGUGGAUGACCUGGACGCCUUCAAGAAGAUCGAAGAGAAGUUGGUGACCUUCGUGUGUGAAGCGGCCACAGCCACGUGUCCUUCGGUGGCCAUGAAUGGAGGCACCGCACCUGGCUUCCGCAUGAUGGAGAUGUUUGGGCUUGUGGAGGAGCGCUACAGCAGCCUGACCGGUGUUGCCAUGGUACCAGGAACCUUCAACACAUUCCCUUGUUUCCACCUGCACAGUGACGCUCUGCUGGCUCAGCCAACAAGGUUCCUCCACCCUGAAGGUCUGCCAUCAGACUACACCAUUACACUGCUCUUCCGCUUGCUACGCGACACCCCCCUGGAACCUUUCGCUCUCUGGGAGGUCCUGGACCAGAACCAGAAGCCGCUGGUGGGCGUCAUCCUGGACAAUGGAGGGAAGACGUUGACCUUCUUCAACAACGACUACCAAGGACACUUUCAGACCGUCACCUUCGAGGGGCCGCACAUCAAGAAACUUUUCCAUGGAAGCUUUCAUAAGCUUCACGUGGUGAUUAGCAAGACCAGCGCCAGCGUGCUCGUCGACUGUCACGAGGUGUCCACCAAGACCGUCAAUGCGGCAGGAAACAUCAGCACGGCCGGGACAGAAAUUCUGGGCAGGAUGGUUCGUUCCAGAGGGAACAAGGACAACUCGGCACCAUUUGAGCUCCAAAUGUUUGACAUCGUGUGCAGCACUUCCUGGGCCACCAGAGAUCAGUGCUGCGAACUUCCUGGUUUGCGCAACGAGGCCCAGUGUCCCGCCAUGCCCAAAGCCUGCACCUGCACCCAGGAUAGCAAAGGUCCCGCGGGGCCCGCUGGACCGCCUGGUGGGCCGGGAAUACGAGGAGCGCGAGGUGACCGUGGAGAGCCUGGUCUAGUGGGGCCGUCUGGUCCAGUUGGUGACCCUGGAGUACCAGGACCCCAGGGGCCCCCAGGGCCACUGGGGCCCAGUGGACGCUCUAUCAGGGGGCCCCCAGGUGCUCCGGGGGAGCGAGGCCAGAAAGGAGAGGCAGGUCAACAAGGUCUGCAGGGCGUGGCCGGCCGAGGAGGUGUUCCAGGCAGGGAAGGACUUCCAGGCCCCCGAGGGCUGCCCGGUAAAGAUGGGCUCCCUGGCCGACCGGGCCCCCCCGGAAUUAUCGGCAGUCCAGGAGCCCCAGGGGCCCCUGGAAACACAGGUCCCCCAGGAAAACAGGGAGAACUGGGACCACCGGGUCCGCCUGGAAGCAAGGGCGACAAAGGUGAACGGGGAGACCUGCAGUCCACGAGCACAGUGCAGGCCAUCGCCAGGCAAGUGUGUGAGCAGCUGAUCCAGAGUCACAUGGCUCAGUACAACUCCAUCCUGAACCAUGCACCGAGCCCCUCAGUGACCAUCCGCACCGUACCGGGACCCCCUGGAGAGCCAGGUCGAAAUGGAGCACCUGGGCCCCAAGGAGAACAGGGCCCCCCCGGAAGGCCAGGUUUUCCCGGACAAAAUGGCCAGAAUGGCCAACCUGGAGAACGAGGUCCCCCAGGCGAGAGGGGGGAGAAGGGCUCUGCUGGUGUGGGGGUUCAAGGUCCCAGAGGACCCCUGGGACCUCCUGGUGUCGCAGGACAAGGUAGACCUGGCAGCCAGGGCCAUUCAGGACGACCUGGAAAUCCAGGAGCACCGGGUCGUCCUGGCGUCCCUGGUGCGGUGGGCCCAGCGGGGCCUCCUGGUUAUUGUGACCAGAACACCUGCGUGGGGUACAACGUUGGCGUCCAGCUGCCGUCCAACAUAUUCCAGAACUACGGCGAGGCUGAGGACGAAGACCCCUACCGCUACUACCAGCCCGACUACCCGCCGCCGCGACCUGUGGACGACCCCGAGCUUAACGUCGACCGUUCAGAGCUGAGCCCCGAGGAAGAGGGGGUGGGGCCGGCGUGACCACGAAGGGACAGGAAGUGAUGGAGUCGUAGGUUCCGGUGGAGGGAGCGUACCUAACGCAUUUAGUCUCUUUGUUUUCUUGUCCAGUCCAACAGAACUUUCUGGAGGCCAGGAAGUCACUUCUUGAUGGCCUGGCCAGUUGCCAUGGUAACCGAGGAUGUCAGUAACUCUGCCCCCAGCCUCACCAUUAGGUGGCGCUAAUGUGCUAACCACGCUUUUGGGCGACAUUGCGUUGGACUGGACGCUGGCUGAAAGCUUUCCACAGAAAGGAGCGUGUCUCCUUUGGAUGGCUGCUUGGCAUCCAGGAAGUGUUUUUUGGAUUACUUCGUGUUGAAGAAUAAAACAGAUACAAUCAAA